AUGUCUGCUGAAGAAUACAAAACCCUACCAGUUACCGUCGAAAAACCAAUAUCAGUUUCUUACGAUCUAGGGAAUCUAGCCGUAUUUGAUUCUAAUGUUUUAGAAAAAGAUGAUUUUGAUACUUCCAAUGGUAAACGUGAGGAAAAUAUUAAGAACAUGACUCGUGACAAUGUGCAACUUCUUAUUAACCAACUUUUAUCCCUGCCAAUAAAGACGACUACUGAUUCCACUGGUGGAUCCACUGGUCAAAAUUCAAGUAUGACAUUGUUACAACUUCCUGUCCCUAUUACUGAAUUACCAAGAGAAAAACCAUUACCUAAACCAAAGGCUCCAACUAAAUGGGAACAAUUUGCAGCUAAGAAGGGUAUUCAACCAAAGGCCAAGUCUGGGAAAAUGGUAUAUGAUGAAGCUACUGGCGAAUGGGUACCAAAAUGGGGUUAUAAAGGUAUUAAUAAGAAACUUGACGACCAAUGGUUAGUUGAAGUGGAUGAUAAAGUCCAAGGUACUGCUGAUGAAUUGAUUGAUCCAAGGACUUUGGGCAGAAAUGAAAGAAAGCAAUUGAUUAAGAAAAACGAGAGACAACAAAAGAGAAAUUUGAAGGGUGGACGUUAA